AAAAGCGGGCGGGAAGGUUUUGUCUUACUGCUUUUUCUCUACCAGCUGAGGAAGCGCCAAAAGCCUGCAGACAUGGUCAGGACGAAAGCCGACAGUGUCCCUGGGACUUACCGAAAAGCGGUCGCUGCUUCUGCGCCCAGGAAAUCACUUGGCGCCUCCAGUUCCGCCAACUCCUCGAGCAGCAGCUCUCAAGCGGGAACCCCUGGUAAAAACAAGUAUGCUGGUGGAAACCCUGUCUGUCCACGUCCUACCCCAAAGUGGCAGAAAGGAAUUGGGGACUUCUUUGGUGGUCCCAGCAGGAAGCCAGAGAAAGAAAACCAGCACCCUGUGUCUGAUGGUGAGGAGGCUGGAGGCAGCGGCAUGUCCAAAGCACCCAGAAAAUCCAGACCACUUCCAGAUGAAGAUGAGGAGGAUGAAUAAAUGAAUUUUUAAAUGGAUUUUAAAAACCAUUACAUUGGUACACAGUGGCUUGAAUUGUAAAUCUUUGUACAUAACUUAUUGCAAUGCUGCCUUCAAUUUUGUACAGAAGUUUAAUAAACUUGUCUUUUUCAAGA